CUUAUGAUUUCUAAGAUGACGUAUGUCAUCGAGCGUCGCUGGCACCACAAAGUGUUAAAACCUCGUUCGCCGUGUGACAGCUCACUUGCACUGCACAGCCCAGCUCCCUACUGGUUACACGAAUUGGCGCAUCGAGAUCAAUCACAAUGCCCGACAAAGUACUCGCGCUGGUUCAACGACUUGGGACCAAAAACACGCCGAGACUGGUUGUCGAGCACAUCUCAGCACCCAAGCCAGCUGACCAUGAGCUGCUGGUCAAGGUAUCGCACGCGGGACAGAAUCCGACAGACGUGCAAUGUCUCGAUUCCAAUGCUUUUGGGGAUGGAGCAGUCUUAGGCUGUGACUUUGUCGGCCCUGUCGAGGACGUUGGCGAAGAGGUGACGAAAGCAGCCAAGGGUGACGUGGUCGCAGGUCUAGUCUGGGGAGGGGAGAUCAGAGGGCUGGGAGCGUACAGCCAGUACUCCAUCGCCAACGAGUCCAUCAGCUUCAAGGUGCCGCAGUCCAUCACGCCUGCUGAAGCUGCGACAGUGCCCUUGGCCUCCACAACGGCUUGGUUGGCGCUGUUCUCCAAGGACAGCCUGCACGUGGACCGUCGGUCAGGAAAAGAGACAACCAUCUUGGUAUGGGGAGGGAGCUCUAGCGUUGGGCUGUACGCCAUACAGUUCGCAGCCCUGCACGGGUUUAAAGUCGUCACUACUUGCAGCCCUCGUCAUUUCGAUCGCGUCAAGUCAUUGGGUGCAGAUCACGCAUUUGACUACCGAGCUAAGGAUGUUGUCUCAUCCAUCAAAAAGGCAGUGCCUGGUCUAGGUUAUGUGUUCGAUACAAUCGGAGCUUCGCAGUCAUCCGCUACAGCUUCGCAAGUCAUCGGCGAGCAAGGAGGGGUGCUUUGCACGGUACGGCCGGGCAAAGCAGACACUGAGGGUGUGACGGAACGAACCAAGGUUACGGAUGUCCUUGUAUGGACAGCAUUCCUGAAAGAUCACCGAUACGGUGACUUCUUUUGGCCGGCAAGCAAAGAUGACCAUGAACUGGCUUCUGAACUGUUUCAAAACCUGCCGAACUGGCUCGAAACAGGAACCAUCAAGCCAAGCGUGCCAGAGCUAUUGGACGGACUCGAAUCAGUGCCCGUGGGGUUCCAAAAACAUCGGGAUGGGAAGAUAUCAGGCUAUAAGAUUGUAUAUAAGUUAGACGACAGUAGAUAGUUAGACAAGAUAGUAUAGUAGAAGGAUACUAUAACUAUCUUAUUAUUCUUCUAUUAGCCUAAAGUAGUAUGUUAUUCCUAUUCUUCAAAUCUUUAUAAUUAUAAUAGACCUAGUUACCUAUAGGUAGUUUAAAGAUACUAAAAAUAAAGAGAAAG